AUUAUAAAUUUCUCCCGCGAUCUAUCAGACUUUGCAGAUAAUGGGAGAAAUUCCACCGACAGACAGUGGGUAUCCGACGCCUCGAGAUGAAAUUCCAUCCACGUCCCGACCCAAUUCGCCGAACAAUGCACAGCUAUACCCGUUGACAUCGACGCCGAUUCGCGGCAACAAAAGCCGAUCGAUGAAGGAAAAUUUCGCGACUUUCCGAAACGAUCUCUCGAUCAUCGAGUCGACGGGCUCCGACACAAUUGAAAACGAUUCGCAUUUUGUUCUCGACGGUGUUAAAUCUCUACUGGAGGCGUCGAAAGAGCUCAAGAAAAAGGAUCGGGCGAAUUCGUUGCUCCGAGAUCAAAAUGAGUCUCUUCGCGGUGAAAACGAGUCACUUCGAGAGGAGAAUUGCUCGCUGCGUGAGGAAUCGAGAAGGAUGGAUUUGGUGGAUAAAGAGAAUGUCAUUCCAGUGAUCCCAAGGCUUGUGUUUGAUGAGAAGCCCGAUUUGGAUCCGAUUACAGUAAAAUCCAGUGAACAAAUAAAAAAAGAGCUCUUGUCAUUUAUCAAAAAUGAUGAAGAUCGCACGAUUAUGGAGGCUAAAAUGGAAAAUAUGCUGAUAAGCGACUCCAAACCACCUGCGAAAGUGUUCACGGCCACCGCGACCAUCCAAGUGGACACUGAGAAGAUGGACGCCAACAUUCAGACUGAUAAGGAUGAUCAUGUCAAUGUGGUCAACGCGAACUUGCAGAUUGAAGUGGAUCAGCUACACUCGGAGAUCGAGGUCAUUGGCAAGAAGAAAUCCGAUCUGGAAAAUCGCCUUUUCGAUUAUGAGAAGCUGAAAGCUCAGUUCGAGCAAGAUGAGAACAAGCUGCGUGCAGAUUUGGAGAAGAAGCUCAAGACUAGUCAGGAGAAGCUUGUGAAGUACGAAGGAAAGAUCGAAGAGCUCCAGUCAAGGCUCAACAAGAAGCGUAAGGAACUGGAAGAGGUUCAAGCGGAGAAUCGGAAGCUUCUGGAGGACAAGAAUACGCACGAUUUCGAGCUUGACGAGGCGAAAGUUCAGGGAGAGCACUUGGAGAAGCAGAGGAAGGAGGCUUGGGAGAAGGUGGAGCAGCUACAGGAGAUGCUAGGAGAACUUGAAGCCGAGCUUGAUCGACAGAAGGAGUUGAAACUGCAGCUGGAGAAAGACAUGGAAGAUUUGAGAAAGGAGCACGAGGGUCAGAUGGCGGAGCUCGAGAAGCGUUUAGAAAAAGUUUCGGAAAAAGAGAAGGAGGCCAUUGAGCAGUUGGAGAAGAUACAGAAAGAAAAUAAGACGAUUGUGAAGGAGAACGUGUAUCUGUCUGAGUCGAAGCAAGUGCUCCUUGAAAGUGAGAUUAACCUGAAGAAUGAGCUGGAUGAGAUGGCCGUGAAGCUUCGCAACUCUCAACAUCAAGUCGCUGGGCUCAACGAGAAGAUUUCGGAGGAGAAGAGGCGGAGGAAGAAGCAGGAUGCGGAUGUCACCAGGCUUGAUGAGCAGAAUCAGAAGCUCCUCCGAGAAGCUCAAGACUCGGCGGAACUGCUUGAAGAAGUUCAGAAGGGAAAGCGAGAAAUCGAUCAUCUCCGCCAACAGCUAGCUCAUCAGUCGUCGGAAGCUGGCUCCGUUGGCCAGCUUCAGCAGAAGCUAGCUGAAUCCGAGCACCGUGAGUACCUACUGCAGCUGGAAUUGGAGCGAGUCAUGAAGAUGGAACGCGACCUGGAUGGCAGAAUCGAAGGAUAUAUUCGAUCAGAGGCGGCGGCGAACAAUGAGCUCGAGAGGCUGAGAAAGGACACGGCUGAGCAGAAGGAGAAGCUCGAGGCUAUGGAGAUGGAAGCUCGUAGCAAGGAUUUGGAGCUGGCUGAUUUAACGCGGAAACUGGCGAAGGCGAGAGAGGAGCAUGAGACGUUUGAAAUCAAUGCUCGGAAUCAAUUCUAUGCAGUCACCGGUCAGAUGCACGAGGAUAUCGAGAGCUACAAACAACGCUUGCUGGAGUUGGAACCUUAUCCUGGAAAGAUCAUUUCAGGAUCGUUCCGAGACUUUCCUUCGCAGACAGAUCCUUCUCCUGCAACGACGGAUGCCUGGAUGCAAACGGAUGUGGAAGAACAGCUCAUGGUGAGCCCGGAAGUGUCACUGGUAUCCGAAGCUCCCUCAUCGCUCCAGGAUUCCCGACGCUCGUCGCACCUAGAUGAGAAACUUCGACGGACUAUCGAAAAAAUUGGGGAGUUGCUCGCUGAGCAUGAAAGCUUCCAGGAGAGCCUGCGCGAUCCAGAGUUUCACACGGCAGAGGCUUUCCGCAAAAUCUCUCAGCUUCUCAAGUCAAUCCUAUCUGGUGCCAAUUCGGAAGAGAUGCUUGAAAGGAUUUGGACGUGGCUGACUCUAAAGACGAAGGCGCUGGUGGAGCAGCAAGAUGAGCAGAUGAAGAAGGUACAGAAGGCCGGCGAGAUGCUGUUGAGCCAGUUGCGAGAGAAAGAGUCGGACAACGAGGUGCUUACGAAGAAGUCGUUGGAGAUGGAGGCGGCAGCGGAAGAGUUUCGCACUUAUUAUAACGAUAUGUUGACCGAAAACGAUGAGCUCCGCCACCGGAUUGUGCAGUUGGACGAAAUUCGAGAGGUGGAAUCCUCCAACAGCACGAAGAUCGAGAAGGGACUCCGCGAGCAGCUGGAGCAAGCUCAGCACGAACUGGAAAAGAAAAAGCGUGAAUACAUGUGGAAGCUUCAGCAGAAGGACGAGUUCUACGAGAUUAUGGAUCGCAACGUGAAGGAGACGGAGAAGGAGAACAAGCGUCUGCUGCGGAAGCGAACGGAGGAUAAGGAAAGGAUGGAUGAUUUCAUGCUGAACAUCCGCAAAGCGCAGGAGCAAUGGAAAUAUCUUCGUAUGCGAAAUUGCCAACGACACACUUCAAUGAUGAAUAUGCUGGAAUCUGUGAAGAAGAAGAAGCAUGAAUCACGGGAUAUGAACUGGCUUCUACAGCGUUUCGAGGAUAGCAUUAGAAAGUACGGCGUGGCAGAACUGACGACAGAAGAAAUAUUGGAGCCCGAAGGCAGCAGAAGCAGUAGCAGUAGAACCCUAUCCAAUCAUUGAUUGAUCGAUUUAAUAUACAUUUAUUUUCGUUUUUUUUGUCUCAUAUCCUACUGUGAAUAUUACUUGUGUGAAACAAAACGGGACAUUUGUUUUUUUUUUUCAAUUUUAUGUCUUCUUUAAAUUACAUGAAUAAAUUGCGUAUUUCUUU